UUCUAAACCGAAAGGUCCCCCUCCCCUAUCCUACACACAUACACACACACACACACACACACACACACUGGAUCCCUCGCCUUUCGUGGCCGGUUGACAAACUUCUGGCCUCCGGUCACCAUAGGCGACGUGACGACGAGCCACGUGACCGACGCUGCAGAGGUAAGAGAAGGAGUGACAAGAGAAAGCGAGUCCCAGAAAAGAGGGGAACACAGAGAUUUUGAGGGGGGAAAACCACAGAAUGGAAGAGGACGCAGUGUAACCUGUGUGGGGGUGAAGAGGUGACUUGACUCUUUUCUGUCUUCUCGCGGUGUUUUCUGCUGUCACUGAUGGGCCUUCGGAAAUCCCAGGUUGACCUGAGCUAUUGACAGUGCAAGGCCUUCCGUUUACGCACACAAACACAGCCCACUGGAGCACAUUAUUCAUGUGUGUUUCGGGUUAGUGACGUGCAGACUCUACUUUUUUCCUCCACAUCGGAACUUUAUGUCGUUUUUAUUUUUAUCUAAUCUUGCUGAACAUUUAUGCCUACAAGUGUAAGGAUUUCUCCAUUUAAAAAAAUACUUUUUUUUGUUUUAUUUUUUCUCGUGAUUUAUGUUCCCUCAACAGAGUUAUUUCACACCCUCCCACUUACUCUUGGAAACACUUUUUAAAUGGAAUUGUUCGAGUUUUUGAUGUUCUUUCCAACUCAUUUCUGUUAACUUCAUCUGUGGGCUCCUGCUUCUUGCUGAUCCUUUGAUACGUUGUUCAGCCCCACCGUGCCUGCGGCCUGCAUGGACAACAUGAACUCUUUUGUGGAAUACUCUAUUUGUAACCGACCGGGCACCGGCGCUUAUUCUGCGCCUAAAUCUGGAUACCACCACCACCAUCAUCAUCUGCAUCACCACCACCAUCCUCUGGAUCAGCAUCAGGGCUUCUCGGUGGCCUCCGGCGCCUUCCACACGGGACCCUCCGGAUCUCCAGCUCUCGUUAACGGGACUCGAAGCGACAGCAGCGCAGGCGGAGCGAGUUACACCGGGGAUGGGAGGCUGUACGGGGGCACCGGUGAAGGAGUGCACGGGACCAUAGGGACAACCGAGCAUCAUCAGCAACAUCCCCAUCCUCAUCAUCAUGAGCAACAGCAGCAUCAGCAGACGCACAACGGCUACCAUCACCAUCCUCACCUUCACCAAACGCAAAGCUUACAAAGCGGAAUCUUGUCUCCCUAUAAUAACGGGAGCAGCGGAAACACCGGGGCCUAUGCGGGUCAGGCGUGCGCCACAAACUCGGAGUACGCUGCUGCGACGGGCCCUCCCAACAGCGUUCACCCACAGUAUUUCAUGGAGGAGUCUGUGGCCUCCACAUACUAUCAAUCAACCUUUCCCAGCUCUGCCCCCACCGUCGGCCCCAGCUACGGGGCCCUGGCCGGGGCCUAUUGCGGGCCUCAAGGCGCUCUGGCCGGGUCACAGUACCCGCAGCACCUUGGCGGGGGUUUGGACGCAGCGGGAUACCUGGGGCUUCCACACGGGGGAGGUUGCGGGGAGCUACCGGUCUCUCAGGAGCGAGAGAGGGGAGAUGAGGAGGGCCAGCAGGCCGGGCAAGGGCAAACCUUCGACUGGAUGAAGGUGAAGAGGAAUCCGCCUAAAACAGUCAAAGUGCCGGACUUCGGCCUCGCGGGCGCACACAACAACGCCAUGCGCACCAAUUUCAGCACGCGGCAGCUGACUGAGCUGGAGAAGGAGUUCCACUUCAGCAAGUACCUGACGCGGGCGCGGCGCGUGGAGAUCGCCGCCACGCUCGAGCUCAACGAGACUCAGGUGAAGAUCUGGUUCCAGAACAGGCGUAUGAAGCAGAAGAAACGCGAGCGGGAGGGCGCCUCCGCCACGGCGCGCUCCUCCUCCUCCUCCUCGGGCACGGACGGCGGGUUCAACAAGGAGCUGGAGGACACCGACCACUCCUCCGCCUCCACGUCUCCAGGCGCGUCCCCGAGCUCGGAGACGUAGUCAGAGUGA